AAGCCUUAUCACUGCUCACUGCGCAUUAAAUAUGUUUUGAUUUUACUUUAUCCAUACUUUAUCAAUUUUUCUUUUAAGUACCAACGUAAAUUUAAUGUUUUUACGUGGUUUAUUAAUUUUAUAUUUCCAUAUCGUCUAAAAGAUAACUACGUCAAUACAUUACCCUAUUAAUCCUACUGUGAGAAGUUCCAUUAGUUGGGAACGACAAUAUUUAACAGGUAAUUUUGUUAAGAAAGUGGUUACCUUUGUGUGUCCAUAGUCCAGAAGGAAUAAAGCAACAAUGGCCUCAUGUAAUAUUCAGAAUACCUCUGAUGAAAUUGUAGUUAAGCAGUUGAAUGAGUUAUUUGGCAAGUCUUUAAAUGUUGGUGUUAUUAGAAGGGUUGCAGAAUCGUGUCAAUUUGAUGUUAACGCUUCAUCUAACCAACUGUUCAAAAUUACGAGAAACUCUCGUGGUGAAGUUUCUAGAGGAGGCUCACCUACCGUUGAGAAAAAAUCCCGGAAAAGGGUUGAUAUCGAAAAUGCCAUUCGACGUAUCAACGACGGAUAUAAGGUCCUGGUCAUCAUGCGAGGUCUUCCGGGUUCGGGAAAGUCCACUCUGGCCAAGUAUAUCCUGGACAGUUCCGUUGGUCUCGAAAAUUGUUCACCUAGCGACCAUAUACACUCCGCGGACGAUUAUUUCAUGAAAAACGGAGUGUACCAGUACAAUUCCAUUUUCGUUAACGAUGCCCACGGUUGGAACCAUGAAAGAGCGUUUAGUGUCAUGGCAAAAGGUUAUAGCCCUGUCAUCAUUGAUAAUACCAACACCCAGAUGUGGGAAAUGAAACCCUAUGCAGCUAUGGCAACGGAUUUUGGUUAUAUUCUCGAGAUUCUUGAGCCGGACACACACUGGUGUUUCAAUGACCGCGAACUAGCCAAGAGAAACAGACACGGAGUACCCAAGGCUACAAUAAGGAACAUGAUCGAUAGGUACGAUAAGAACGUCACUCCUAUGAAACUUCUUACGGCGUACGACUGCAAAUACAAGCUACAGAAACCGCCACAGAUGAGAUUGCACCCUCCCAUACUCAAAAACACCAUUAAACGGACAUGUGAUAUGCCACCGGAAGUAGCUGCCAAAGUACAACAUCCGAAUUUCACUAGUAUGAGUAAUUUGACGUUUAGCCCUGGACUAACACGCAACUUAAUGGAUUUUAAUGAACCUAGUAACCAAACAACUUUUUCUUCUAAAACUGAGAGCAUGGAACCCAAACCUUUUAACAGCGUAGACAAUUUGCUGAUGUAUGAAGAAAAUACAUUGUCUAAAACAAACAUAUUGAAACCUGUACAAAAUUCAGAGAUCAAACUAUUUGACAGCAUUCGAAGUUGGGGUAUCGACGAAAAGGCUCUCCAUUCGUGGGAUAUAGUGACGCCAUUGAAAGAUAACGAGUUUGAGAAAGUAGAAGUGCUUCCUCUAGUUGUUAUAGAUGACGAUGACGGCAUGAUCGAAACCAAAGAAACUUGUGUCGGUACCGAUGACAAAGAUUUUGUUAUUUUAAGAAAUUUAUCAGAUUUAUCAACUAGUCCACAAAAUAAUGGUAUAAAAAUUGUUCAAGCCUUUAGUAGGGACAUUAAUCAAAACCUCCUUCCUCGACCUAAAUUAAGAAAAAAGAAACUGAUGUUGGACAAGAGCUGUCUGACUAGUGAUGACCUGAUCGAUGAUGAGGAUGCUGACAUAGAACAACUUACCAAUGUAUUCCCUAACGUGCCUUUACAGAAUGUUUUGUAUUGGUAUAGGAAAUGUAACCGGGAUAUUGAUUGGACUAUUGAACUGUUGUUGGAACAGAAGGAAGAGGUUUUAACUGUAGCUAUUGAGGACGAUGAAGGUGAAGAAGUUAGAGAAGAAACUCCUGUAGUUGUAGUCGAUAGUGAUAGUAGUUCUUCGUCUAACAGUGAGAAUGGAACGAGAAGAACGAAAAAGCAGAAACAUCUUACUCCAGAAUCGUUACAGUUAAAGCGUUGCAUCGAAAAUAAAAUUACAAUAAGCGAUGUUCACUAUUCCGAUAAUAUUCGAAAAAUAAAGCAACGAAAAUACGGAGAACUUAGUCCUAACCACUCCAAAGAAACAAUCGUUAUCAAUGAGAAUGAUAAUAAUUAUCAAUUUAGUGAUAACAUCGAGCAGAUAUACCCCAUUAAAAAUCCACAACAAAGUACUAGUAACACUUCCGUACUUCCCUCAUCUCCCGAGUCUAACGACGAACCGUUUGAAUUUCUCGAAAUGGACAGCGGAUCAUCCUCUCCCCAACAAGUUUGGGAAACUGUUGAAUUGAAUCUUGGAGAGUUCUUCGUCAAUCAGCUAGAGGAAAAAUUCGGCGAUCCAAACCUGAUAUACCCCAAAGGCUUCCAAACUACCGUUCAGGUCCCGGCUUCCUUAGCCAGACAACUGUACACCUGUUAUAUAGAGUCUGUUUACCAACAGAUGGACGCUCAGAAAGCUUUGAUGGAAGAAAUGGUUAAAGAAGAUGAAGAAUUUGCUAGGAAAUUGCAAGAGAGUGAAGCACAAGAGGCUGCAGCGCAAGGAGGAUCGCAAAAAGUUGAAAACGAAUGCUCUGAAGCGACUGGCAUACCUGCUAUCAUGAGGGAAGAACGGCAGAGGAACAAAUGGCAGAAAGAGGUAGAUAAAUGGAAGGACUUGAACCCUGAUAAUCUAGCUGCGAUGUUAACUAGGGAAAAAUUAUUUAAAGCAUUUCCAUCUGUUGAUAAAGAUGUUCUGAUAGAGUUGUUGUAUGCUCAUAAUAACAUUUAUAAGGAUACAGUAGAUAUAUUGUUGAUAAAUACGGAUGAAAAUGAUAUCAGAGGUGAUAUAGAAAGUAUAAAGGAUCCGCCAGUGAGUUCUAGCGUGUUGACUGAAAUGAGGGAAGCUCAUGAGAGCUGCAAUGAUAUUGAACCUGAUGAAGAAGCCUGUUCCGGUAACGACUACCGCCAGGAAGCGGAAAAGUACCUCCAAAAACGUACAAGUUUAUAUGAAAAAGCCCAAAGACACUUUCAACGUGGCAACACCGAGAUCGCCCAAUUUUAUUCAAGUUUAGCAGCUAAACAAACAUUUUACUAUGAGAGGGCCAAUAGCAGAGCAGCUACAGCAUUUCUCGGAGAGCAUUCGCAGCGACUUCAAGACUUCAAUACGCUGGACCUACACUUUCUCUACGUCAAGGAAGCUAUACCGUCAUUAGAUUAUUUCUUGGACAUGAACAUUAAUCUUCUGAGACAUAGUACGUCGAAAAUUGUGGAGGAGUUGCAGAUAAUAACAGGCAGAGGGAACAACAGUCAGGGGAAACCGAGGUUGAGGCCUGCGGUUCAGGGCCACUUGAAUAAACGCCACCUAUCGUAUAAACAGCUGAAUCCUGGACUGCUCAAAGUGAAAAUAACAAAAAAUUCAAAACUGAGCAACGAAUUAUAAAACGAGAUACAACCAGGAUGACAAGAACAAGAACCUUGAAAAGUACAAAGUGUGAGUACAAGUACAAUUAAUUUUAAUAAACCUCUUCUCAUUUUAACUAUCGUUGUUUCUUAAGUCUUAAAAAUUGUUUGUUCUAUUUUUUCAAGGUUUUUUAAGUUACCAUGAAUUAAUUUUAAGGUUAUAUUGUUUUAUGUUGUGUUUAAAAAAAUAUUAGUUGUUUUUCCUAUAUAAUAGAUUCAUUAGUGUUGAGUAUUUGAUUAAAGACAAAUACAUUUGGGUUGAAAUUAUCCUCAAUUUCACUAAGCACCAUGCUACCGUUUUAUUAUCUAUCUGUUAAACGUCUUCAAAGCUCAUCAUAAGCAAUAUAAAGUGUAGAAUGAGAUUAAGCUUUUUUGUGGUAGGAAAAACAGCUAGUAUAUAUUUGUUUUCUCCGUUCUCCAUACCAGGGGCGCUAUUCUGUAUAAUCGUCGGUAUCGGUAAGUUACCGACAGCUAUCGGUACGUACGGCCAAUGAGCGUCGUGUUGAUUGUUGUUAUCAUAGUUACCGAUCGA